CGGGCUCCCGCGGGAAGUGGGCGACGUCACUUCCGGCCUUCCUCUAGCUGCCAUCUUGCGUCCCGCGUGUGUGCGCCUCGCCGCCCCGGUCGGCCCGAGACCCGCCAGCGCCGUCCCCAGCCCGCGCGGCCCCGCUCUCAGCGCAGCGAGAUGAAGGAGACCAUGAACCAGGAGAAGCUCGCCAAGCUGCAGGCGCAGGUGCGCAUCGGGGGCAAGGGAACUGCUCGCAGGAAGAAGAAGGUGGUUCACAGAACAGCCACGGCGGACGACAAGAAGCUCCAGUUCUCCUUAAAGAAGCUCGGGGUGAACAACAUCUCGGGCAUCGAAGAGGUGAACAUGUUCACAAACCAAGGGACCGUGAUCCACUUUAACAACCCCAAAGUGCAGGCGUCUCUGGCGGCAAACACCUUCACCAUCACAGGCCACGCCGAGACCAAGCAGCUGACGGAGAUGCUGCCCUCGAUCCUGAACCAGCUCGGCGCAGACAGCCUGACCAGCCUGCGGAGACUGGCGGAGGCCCUGCCCAAGCAGUCUGUGGAUGGCAAAGCUCCACUCGCCACAGGAGAGGACGAUGAUGACGAGGUCCCAGAUCUUGUGGAGAAUUUUGAUGAGGCUUCCAAGAAUGAAGCAAACUGAAUUAAGUCAACUUCUGAAGAAGAUAAACUUGAGAAGUUACUGGGAGCUGCUGUUUUAUACUCUGACUGCUUUUUAAAGUUUUGUUCAUGGAUACGAUAAAAUCUAGGUCUCAAUAUUUUUAAGCUCCAGCCCCGUGGACACUGCAGCUCUUUUCAGUUUUUGCUUAUACACAACUCAUUUUUUGCAGCUACAUACGCUGAAGAACCUGGGAAUAAAGUUUGAGACAAAGAUUAAUAAAAGUUCUUUGCUUAGUAUACAGUUCUAUUUUUUAUUUCAUUGACACUGAUUUGUACACAGAAAGCAAAGUUGUUUAUAGAAAACUAAUCAUGGCAUGUAAUGUGGCUGAUAAUCUUGGAUGGAAUUUGAUUAAAGAUUUAAAAUGACAAUACAAUGUAACAAA